AAGAUGGAAGAUGCAGAAAUCUACCAUGGCCGAAAGAGGUUGGGGAAUGGAGUGAUCUAUGAGUUGCUGGCAGAUUUGGUGUUUCCUUAUAAUAGAAUGUCGUUAUUCGGCACCUUCGAGGAGGCUGAAAAUCGAAAAGAGCUGAUGAGAGGUGGAGGCUUGGGAAGUGAAACUGUCGAAAGCUUUGGAUCUCGGUUAACUCUUCGAAUAUAUCUAUUCAGAUCUAUGAGAGACGGAUUGAAGAAUCUCAGAGUAAAUCCAACUUUGCAGUGCCUUGCUGUAAACAUGGUCGAAUGGAAUCCUUUGUCUUGGAUUUACAAGGUGCUAUGCUGUUUGUUUUGAUUUUUGCUUCAUGGAGUACCUGGAAUAUGAGAUAUAUGUGCGAAUUUGUAACGAAGGAUCUGGUUAGAUACAAUUUUCACUGGUUUGAAUCUCUGGCUUUAGUUCGUCUAGUGCUUACCGCAGUGUUCUUAAAGGUUAAAUGGGGCUUUAGCUUUUUCUUCUCUCAAGAUAGGAUUGCCAUUGACAGAGGUGGUGUUUUUUUGGGCUCAACUAUGUUUCCUGCAGUUAGCUUUGUUGAAGUUGUGGAGUUUUGGAAAUUUAGUGGCAAGUUAAGCUUCUUUGUGGCAUUCAGAAGAGAUAUACUAAAAAUUAAGGAUGAUGCACAUUGGGUGCCACCUGGAUGUCUUUAUUAUUUGUUUGAUUCUAAGAAACAAGUGAGGGUAAUUGUUAGGGCUGAUGGUUCUGAAAUGAGAGUAGGGGAUGUGUUUCCUGUGGCUUUGAUGAUGGGUUAUUGGUCGACUGGAAAUCAAGAGGACAAAAAGCUCCUAGUUCUUUUUUGUUAUGCUCAGCUAAGUUGUGAUUGGCGGAGCUUCUUUCUUGAGCACAUAUCUCUUCUGGAAAUUGUUGCUUAG